GCGGGAGUGAGAGUGAAGCGCCAGAGAAAGAGGACCAGGGACUAGGCAGCCGGAAACGUCUUUUCAAAACAACUCGCAGAGGCGGCGGGGCCUCUGCAGCGCUAACGACGAGAGAGCCCGCAGGGCCUGGGCGCGCGGAGCUAGGCUUGCUUGGAUUGGUCCAGGGGCUGAGGCUCGCCUGGAUGGAAGGAAGCCUGGGGGGUGGCCGUUUCUCGCUGUCCGAAGCUCCCUGGGCACCUUCCGAGAUCAAGCCCGCCAUGGAGGAGCUGCAGAAGCGCGUGAAGGAGACCCUGGACGUGCUGAGCCCGCUGGAGCUGCGGAACUUCCGCGACCUCCUCAAAAAGGUGGACGAGGAGCCGCGCGUGACUCAGGUCCAACUGGAGCUGGAGGGCGGCAACACCUUGAAGCUGGCGCAGCUCCUCUCCAAGCACUACUACGCGUCGGUGCCGCGCGUCCUCACCAAGGUGCUGCAACAGCUGCCCCGCGCCGACCUGGUGCAGUGCUGGCAGGAAAAUCCCACCGUCAACGGCCUGGUGAACCUAAGAAAACGAAGGAGAAGCAACCCUGACUGUGUGGAUGGUGACUUGGACCGUUACGACCUGAGCGGCAGUCGGAAGGCUUUCCUCAUGUGUGUGAAGAAGGGCAGGCCAGGGGCUGACCAGGACAUUAAACUGAUGAAGCAGUGGCUUGUCCAGUGCCAGUUUGAAUAUACAUUGUGCUUCGACCCUGGCAAAAAGGAGUUAAUUGACACACUAACAUCAUUUCGUGAUGAAUUAAAUAAAAUGAAAGAUGAAAUUAGCUGUUGCCUUGUCACUCUGAUGUCCCACGGAGAAAAAGGCUUUAUUAAAAUAGAAAAUGAUGACAAAGUCAGCCUGGAGUUCAUUUUUGACAUGUUUAAUAAUAAAAAUUGUCCAGCACUUCACGAGAAACCGAAGAUCUUUAUCAUCCAGGCCUGCAGAGGAGAGAGAAGAGAUAGUGGUGUUGAAACAGAUGAUGAACCCAUGGACUUGGAUGACAUUUCAGAGAAGAGGAGGCUGCCCACAUUCAGUGAUUAUUUCAUCAUCUAUCCUACCCAGCCAGAUUAUGUUGCUUUACGGCACUGCCGCACUGGCUCUGUGAUGAUCCAGGCAAUGGCUGAAGUCUUCCAAGAACAUGGAAAUAGGUGGCACAUCGCUGACUUUUUCACCAAAGUGAAUAACAAAGUGGUGCACACUGAUUUUCAUCUACAGGAGGGACCAGUCAAAGUAUCACUUGUAAUGGAAUCGACUCUAACUCGAUCCGUGUACUUUUGACAUCGGGAAGAUUUUAAAAAUAAGGACUGCUUUAUGGUAGAGUUUCUAAGGAACUGUGAGGUUUUGUAGCAUAGUACAAAUGGUUAUCAUUUUGCAUUAUUCCUGUCGUUAGUUCUUUUUCUACAGUUUGUUUUGUAUAUGUACAUACUCGAAGAUUUAAUUCCACUUAUUUGGAACUUGUAAAUACUUUUGACUUUUUUUACUGAUUUUUUUUUACCUGAGCUCUUAUUAAAACACAGAAGUCCAGCCGGGUGUGUACACUGUUUCUAUCAUGCGCUCCCUGUUGCUGAUUACCCCCAUCCUCUCCACUCUCCAUGGGGUGCUGAUGUUAGGCCUCAUCUUCUUGGCCUAGUAUUCAGAACUGCCUUUAAGAGGUCUUCCCCUGGUUCACCUUAUUCCCACCCCCAACCCCAUAUUGUUGUCUGCAGCCAGACUGAUCUCCUUUUUGACCUCAUAAGCCAUCCUCAAGCCUUACCUGCGUAUCUCUGCUUGAACUUUGUGCCCUUGAUGCGUUCAUGUUUUCACCGCACCCGUUCUCCAGCUUUCUACCUGCUGCCUCAGUACCUCUGACCGGCUGGUUUCUGCCCGGAACACUCUGUUCCACCCCAGGUAGGUAAAUCCUCUCUGUACCAUGUGCUUCCUCUGUACCAUGCAUUCUUCAGGGUGCAACUUGGUUCCCAACCCACUGUAAAGAAAACCUGUAUGUAGACUGGUAUUUUUAGAGUAACAGAUUCUGGACUGAGCAUGAGUUUUAACUGUAAUUAUGUUCUUUUGUAACGUGGCCUGUGUUUGGACCUCGGUUUCUGCAUCUGUAUAAAAGGAGACUUGGCUCAGCUGGCUGAGAACUCGUCUCACUGGACCUCGGUGAACUCUGAUGUCUUAAAGAACUUGGUCAUGAACCCUGCGGAUGUGACUUCUUAAACCUAGAGGUCCAAGGUGGCAGUUGCAUGAGACUGUUGAGCCUGCGUGAGAACGCAGGUGUUUCGUUCUGUGAAGGCUGCUGAGAAUGCUGUGAAGGCUGCUGAGAAUGCUGUGAAGACUGAAGCAACCCAGAAUUUCCAGGCCUAUCUCUAUUUCAGGGAUAGCCAUGUCCUUUUUGGUUAAUGUGAUCUCUUAAGCAUACAUAUCUGUGAUUUAAUUUUUAACUAUUUGAGUUCUGAUGUUUGGUGUGUAACUUUAGUUUUUGUAUACAG